UUGGUUCCUGCUGUCUAAUAUCGUGGACCCUACAGCAUCCGACAAUCUACAUCGAGUCGAUUCUCACUUCAGAAGCUGCAUGAGCAAGAACUUUCAUGCUUUUUGUCUCUCAACAUCUGCACUUCCCUUUACUAGCAGUGCCUCUGCAAACACAAGGCCGGAUCAUUACCAUGACGGGAUCAAGAAUUAGAGUCAGAGGAUCGAGACUAAUCGUCUUCCUCGUCCUAGGCCCAAUCCAUUUCGCAAUCUGCGAUGCGAGAAUCACCCUAAACAUGUUGACGACAAUAAGCUCAGUACUGCAUACCCAAAAUACGGAACCAUAUGGUAUAAGGACGCCUGAUGUUUCGCUCCCACCCUUCGAGUCGAUAUCGCCCCUUCCUAUGCCUGCUCAAACCAUACCACCUGUCUAUGCCUUUCCUCCGGGUCCACCGUCGUUUGCCGCACCAGCACCCGUGGUCCACCCAACGCCAAACCUUCUGCCUCCAGCAAGUCCUAGCCCACCUAAGUUAACACAGAGCCCGAGUCCACCUGAGUUUGGCGCAAGCCCGCCAAAGCAGACGCCUAGUCCACCGAAGCAUGCCCUGAGCCCACCAAUUCAACUGCCACCCAUGGUUUUCCCGCCACCAUCCCCUCCUCCGCAGCAACACAAGUCACCGGUGUAUGCGGUGUGGUGUGUUGCGAAACCAACAGUGCCCGACCCCAUAAUGCAGGGAGCCAUGGACUAUGCAUGCGGGGCAGGGGCCGAUUGCAAGCCUAUUCAACCCAAUGGGCCUUGCUUUCAGCCUAACACCCUGCUCGCCCACGCCUCGUUUGCCUUCAACAGCUACUUCCAGAACAAGAAGGCCCGCGGAGGAACUUGUGAAUUCGGAGGGGCGGCAAUGCUUGUCACAGUUGAUCCAAGUUUCAAUGAAUGCCAUUUCACCUUCAAUUGAGGCCCCUCUCCAUCAAAAGCGCCACAAUCACAGAGAGGAAGUCAAAUUUUGCGUGAGUUCCUCGAAUGAUUAGCUCGUUAGUCGUAUGGAUCUUAAGAAGGAUACAUCGGUAUGCUGUAACUAUAAGAUCUAGAUUACUGUUUCGUCCUUUUGUAUGUACGAUGAAAAGUAGUUCAACCCAUACUUGAUACUAAAUGUUCGUGUUUAGAUUUCCCUUGGUUGCAUAGGGAGGGUUUCUGCUGUUUAAAAAUUUGAGACGGAUGAAUAACGUAUGCAUAUGCUUUUUUUUCC